AUGACAGACGUUUAUGGAACUGCCCUGCCCGGCCCCGCCGCUCUUUCGCGCCCCGCACGGCCCCGCCGGCGGCAGCAUGGCUCCUCCCGCGCCCGGGGCGCUGCCUCCUCCAGGCUCAACACCGACAAGGUGCUGCUCCCUUUCACCCGCGGCACCCGCAUAAACUUCACGCUAGAGGCCAGCGAGGGUUGCUGCUGUUGGUCGUCCACGCGGCCGGAGGCGGCGAGCAUCGAACCGCUGGGGCCGGCCGGCUGCCUCUGCUCGCAGAGAGCGCUGGUCCAGGCGCGCUCCUCGCAGCCCACGCGCCUCACCACCAUCAUCUCCGCCGAGGACACGCUGACUGGACAAGUGCUUCGCUGUGAUGCCAUCGUUGAUUUAAUUCAUGGCAUUCAAGUUGUGUCCACAAUGAGAGAGCUCUACCUUGAGGAUUCACCGCUGGAGCUCAAAAUUCAUGCUUUGGAUUCAGAAGGAAACACUUUCAGCACUUUGGCAGGGUUGGUGUUUGAUUGGACAGUGGUGAAGGACCCAGAGGCUGAUGGCUUCUCAGAUUCCCACAACACUCUACGUAUUCUCAAGUUCUUAGAAUCCACUUACAUCCACCUUCCUAUAUAUUGGAAAUGGAAAAAGUUGAUAAAGCAAGGAGAUACCAUUCUGGUGUCUGGAAUAAAAACAGGGAGUUCUAAAUUAAAGGCAAGACUUCAGGAAAGCAUCUAUAAGAAUGUACAGCCUGCAGAAGUCAGAUUGCUUAUUUUGGAAAACAUUUUAAAUCCAACAUAUGACAUUUAUCUUCUGGUGGGAACAUCAAUUCAGUACAGAGUUGAGAAACUGAGGCAAGGGAAGAUCACAGAAAUAGCAAUGCCAUCAGAGCAGUACGAGCUGCAGCUCCAGAACAACAUCCUCCAUCAAGGAGAUCCCUCCCCGCCAGUUGCCAAGCUGGACCAGGCAACAUCCCUGUUGACUGCGUUGCAGCAGGGCCAAACCAACCUCAUCCUGGUGCACCAAGAGUAUCCGCAGCAGGGUGUGUCCUGGCUGCCCAGCAGCACUGUCUGUGUGUAGCAUCCUGCAUAUUUGGGAUUUACAGUUCAUCCAGGUGACAGAUGGGGUCUGGAAACGGGCAGAUUUUAUGAAAUUACAGUUGACGUGUAUGAUAAAUCAAGCAAUAAGGUGUAUUUAUCUGAUAAUAUCCGAAUUACUACAGAGCUGUCCGGAGAACACUUUGAGGUGCUGCAGUCCUCUCUGAAUGGGUCCUAUCAUUAUGUGAUGGCUGUAAAGGCAGGUCAGACCACGAUUGAUGCUGCACUGACAUCAGUAGUUGACCAGGAUGGAGGUGUUCAUACCUUCCCAGUUCCAGUGAGAAACCAGCAGGAUGUGGAGAUCUAUGUUCCAAUAUUGCUUGUACCCAGCAUUCUGAUGUUUCCUUGGCAGCCAAAAGCAGGAGUCUACCAGUACACCAUCCAGGCUCAGGGUGGAAGUGACAACUUCAGCUGGUCCUGUUCUAACCAGGCAGUAGCCACAGUGACCGUGAAAGGAGUGCUGAGCACGGGGAGCGAUGCUGGGGUCAGCAUUAUUCAGGCGUUCAACGUGCAGAAUCCGCUGCUGUAUGGUGAAAUGAAGGUGUACGUGAGCGAGCCCAGCGCCAUGGAGUUCACUUCCUGCCAGGUGAAGGCACACGUGGGGCAGGUGCUGGAGCUGCCCCUGAGGAUCAGUGGCCGGACCAGCGUGGACAGGGGCGAGCUGGUCCCCCUGAGUGACUGCUCACAGCUGGAGCUGGGGGUGGAGCUGGAGAACCCUGGCGUGUUCAGCCCACUUGAAGGAAGACUUAAGCCAACUGCUGAUUUUUGCAGUGGAGUGAGACUGAAGGCUGAAUUUCAGGGGUACACCAGGCUGGUGGUUGUGUACACCCACCGGCACGUGUGCCUCAGUGCCAGCAUCGCCAUCGCCACUUAUCUCCUGCUGAGAGCUAUUCAUCCACCAUCAGUCGCUUUAGUGACUUUGGGUUCCUCUAAGGAUAUGUUGUUUGAAGGAGGACCGAGGCCAUGGGUCCAAGAACCUUCCAAGUUCUUCAGGAACAUUGCUGCUGAGGAUGCAGAAAGCAUUGCCUCCUCUUUACUUGAACUUCCCACACCUCGAAACAGCAACUAGCACCGGGUUAGGGUGCUGUGCAGGAGCCUGGGAGAGCAGGUUAUUACCUUAACAGUUGGGAACAGCCCCACAGUCACCAACCCUUUCCCAGUGGUUGAGCCCGCUGCCGUGAAGCUCAUCUGUGCUCUCCCUUCCCGGCUGGCUUUGAUUCCUGUUUAUGGCAGCCCUCAGCUUGCUCUCUCCUGCCCUUUGCUCCAGCAGAGCAAGCAACUGGUUCCUGUUUCCAAUUACCGCAAUCCAGUGCUGGAUUUGGCUGCCUAUGACCAGCAAGGCAGGAAAUUUGAUAACUUCAGCUCCCUUAGUAUUGUGUGGGAAUCCACAAAUAAGGCCAUUGCUCGUAUUGAGACGGAGCUGCCAAUGGAGCUGACUCUGAAGGAGGAGGGCAAUGGUCAGAAGAAAAUGCAGGGCUUACAAACUGUGGUAGUUGACCAUGAGUUUGGAACUGCUGCCAUCUCUGCCACUGCCACUGGAUUCCAGCAGCCCCACCUGAAGGCAGCCAGAGCCCAAAUACCGCACGAGGCUGUGCUCCCAGGGCCUGCCACCAUUGAAGUGAUGCUUGUGGAAGAUGUGAAAGUGAGCCCCACUGGGCUCUCCAUCUACAACCACCCUGACAUCCAGGCAGAACUUCUCCUCCAACAAGGUUCUGGAUAUUUUUUCAUUAAUACCAGUGUGCCAAAUAUUGUAAGAGUGACACAUGAAGAGACUCAAGGCAUUGCUUUGGUGCAGCCUCUGCUCCCAGGAUCAGUGACUGUAAUGAUUCAAGACCUGUGUCUGGCUUUCCCUGCCCCAGCUGAAGCUGAAAUUCAUGUGUCUGAUAUCCAGGAAUUCACGUGUGAGUUGUUGGCAAGGUCAGUGGAGAUUGGAAAAACAGUUAAAGCUUAUGUCAGAGUUCUGGAUGACUCAAAGAAACCUUUUCUGGCAAAAUACUUCCCUGUCAUGGAUCUCAGUCUCAAAGCAGCAUCUCAGUUUGUCUCACUUGUCCCCCUGAGGGAGGCUCCGGAUGAGCACACUGCUGCUUUCCUGGUGCGUGGGAUGAGCAUUGGGCAGACGAGUCUGAUGGCAACUGUGGCUGACAGAAGAGGACAGAGACUCAACUCUGCUCCACAGCAGAUUGAAGUCUUUCCCCCAUUUAGACUACUGCCAAGGAAAGUGACCCUAAUUAUUUGGGCCAUGAUUCAGAUCAGUGCUGAAGGAGGCCCCCAGCCUCUCUCCAACAUCAUUUUCUCCAUUGACAACGAGCACAUUGCAGCAGUGAACAGCUCUGGGCUGGUCAGAGGAGUGGCCAUUGGCAGCGGGGUGGUGACAGGAUUGCUGCAGGCUGUUGAUGCAGAGACAGAGAAGCUUGUGGCAGUGUCCCAGGACAAGGUGGAAGUUGAGGUGGUACAGCUGACAGCUGUGAGAAUUUGGGCACCCAUCACACGAAUGAAGGCUGGUACUCAGAUGCCAGUUUAUGUCAUGGGCAUCACCAGCACUCAGACUCCUUUCUCCUUCGGCAGUGCUGUGCCAGGGUUAACGUUCCACUGGUCUGUCAGCAAGAGGGACACCCUGGAUGUCAGGACAAGGCACAGUGAGGCUGCUUUUCAGCUUCCUGCAAACUACAACUUUGCAGUGGAUGUUUAUGGCAGAGUAAAGGGAAGAACAGGCCUCAAAGUUGUCGUGAAGAUUCUUGAUGCUGCAGCCAACCAGUUCUACAACAUGGCAAGGGAACUGUCUGACGAAAUCCAGAUUCAGGUGUUUGAAAAACUUCAUCUAGUCACCCCAGAGGCAGAAGCAGAGCAGAUCCUCAUGUCACCAAAUUCCUUUAUUGAACUUCAGACCAACAGGGACCGAGUUGCCUCCCUAAGUUACCGUGUCCUGGAUGGGCCAGACAAAGUCCCUGUAGUGAAAGUUGAUGAGAGAGGAUUCCUCGUCUCUGGGUCUGUGGUCGGAUCCUCAACCAUUGAAGUGAUUUCACAGGAGUUGUUUGGCAUCAACCAGACCAUCAUAGCUGCUGUUAAGGACUGCCCCAUCUCCUACCUCAGGAUCUCCAUGAGGCCGGUUCUGCUGACCCAGAGCAAAGAGGCACUGCAGGCCCUGCCCCUGGGUGUGACACUGACGUUUACAGUCCAUUUCCAGGACAACUCUGGAGAUACUUUCCAUUCACACAAUGCUGUGCUCAACUUUGCCACCAACAGGGAUGACUUCGUGCGGAUCGCCAAGGGAGCUGCCAACAACACCUUUGUGAUCAGGACUGUCAGCGUGGGGCUGACCCUGCUCAGGGUGUGGGAUGCAGAGCACAGGGGCACUGCAGACUACAUCCCACUGCCUGUGCAACAUGCCAUCUUCCCAGAGCUCCCAGACGUGGUGGUGGGGGAUGUCCUGUGCCCGAGGACCUUGCUGACAGCCCAGGAAGGCCUGCCAGGCGUGUGGAGCUCCUCCUCAAGUGCUCUUCUUCUCGUGGAUUCCAAGACUGGUGUGGCCCUGGCAAGGGACUCUGGGGUGGUCACUGUCUACUAUGAGAUCCCUGGGUUACUGAACUCCUACAGAGAGAUCUUGAUUAAUGUGCCUCAGAGGACCACAGCAAUGCAUGUCAGUGGUGUGCAGGCAAGCUUGCAGGGAGUGGCAGCUUCAAAAGUCAUAGUUUCAAUUGGGGAAACAAACAAAAAUUUGAAAGGUAUGAUUAAAAAAUAUUUAUGCUGUUGGUUUAUUGUUUGUUUAUUGAUUCAUGAUGCUUUGGUUUGUGUUAUGGGGUUUUUGUUAGUUGUUUAAGGGUAACAAGAUCCCCAGGAACCUCAAAUGCCUUUGUAGAGUCCCGGGAGCUCUAGGAGCCGUGGGAUAGAAUUUGGAAGGUGUUCUGGAGCACUGCUAAUAUUUCACA